AUGGAGUCAAACAUCAUUCAUUUGUCCUUAGACCUUUCUUCAUUCAGUGGAAUUAUUCUUAGUCCAGAACAAAAAGCUGCCCUGCAGAAAUCAAUGGUGAUUUUGAAGAGAGAUUAUAAAUUUAACCGGAUUUUAUUUUGGGGCAGAAUACUAGGAACUAAAGCAGAUUAUUUUAUAGUGAAAGGGCUUGGAAGUGAUGAACUGAAAAGCAAGGCUUUUUUAUACAGUUUUAACUGCCUCGACUGGUUUCUGCUUCCUCAAGCAACGAGAGAGAUUAUAACCUCCUCAUAUGCGAUUAAAGGGAGAUUUAUAGGAGAUCCUUCUUAUGUGUAUAUUUAUGUAGAAACUGAAAUUGUGGGUGAAGGAGAAGAUGCACAAGAAGAGGAGCUCACAGUACAAGUUACAGAAGAAUACAGGCUUGUGGCUGUCACAGCUCAAAUAGAAACUGAAGCAGCUGUGGUACCACGGGGUGCAUAUAUAAAGAAUGCUUAUGGUCAAGUAAACACAAAUAGAAGGUUUGAAGGGUUGUCAAUGACUGAAGCCAAGAAGCUAAAUUCAUAUUUUCAUUUUGCUGAGCCUGUUCAUCUCAAAAAGAAAACACUCUUAGAAAAAGCUGACCUGGAACCAUCAAUUGACUUUCUGGAUUCACUUGAAGAUGAUCUGCCAAGUGGAUCAUGGAGUUUGCAGUUUGAGAAAGGGAACAGUGUGGUAGUACUCCGCAGUUUGCUUUGGCUUGGUCUUACAUUUUAUCACAUCCCCCUGACUUCCCAUCAUGGCUACACUUAUAUAGGUACAGGGCAAAAGAACAUAGACUUCCCUUUUAUGUUAUAA